CCGCCUGAUAUAGUGGGUAUAGGUGCGAUGCCCCCCUCCCCAAAAAGGCGUAUUUAGAUGCGGGUUGGCCUCAAGUUAUCUCCUAGACUUCUGCAAAUCAUCUUCACUCGUACUCAUUACGGAGGAAAGAUCUACGACUAAAUAUUGCCAAAAAACGCGCUAUCGAGGCUUGGGCGAAUCAAAAUGGAUCCCAUUGCAAACCCAGAUCUCCUCAUCCAGCAGCUAAAGGCGCUGAUUGCGAACCCGGAAGUUUUUUCCACUCAAGGGACGGAGAUCAUUCAAUUGAGCCGCCAAGCUGCUGUUGCGUUGGAGGGCCCCUUUGAGACAUUCCAACGACUAGCAUACUCAGCCCUUCCCCUCGUGUCAGCUCGCGUCGCACAGGAACACAACAUAUUCCAAACCCUAGUCGAGAACAAGGAUGAGCCAACCAGCGUCGCCGUCCUGGCAGAGAAGACCAACAUCAACCCUGUCGUUCUAGAUAUCCUCCUCGACUAUCUGUCAACCCAGUUCAUGGUAGAAGAGGUCUCGCCACAGCACUACAAGGCCACCAAGCUCUCUAACAUCCUAGUUGCACCCCUUUUCAUAGACGGUGUCCUUCACUUCCACGAUAAUUGCCUCCCUGCUUUCAAUGCUCUAAACUAUUCUCUCGCCCACCCAACUGAUCCACGGACCCCAUUCGAGAUCGGCCAUGAUAGCCCCGUCGAUUUCUACACCUAUCUCGAGUCCCACCCGAUCCAGGGUGCCGCGUUCCAUAGGUUUAUGGAGGCCCAGUUCGCAUCUCUCCCCACAUGGCUCGAUGUCCUCCCGUUCGACUCUGAGUAUGCCGCUUCAACUACCCCCGAGACCCCAACCUUCGUUGAUGUAGGCGGCGGAAAUGGCCAGCAAUGCGUGGCGCUCCAGAAGAAGUAUCCAGCCCUCCAGGGUCGCAUCAUCCUCCAGGACCGGCCGGCCAUCCUCGAAAAAGCAAUCACCCCUGAUAGCGUCGAGAGAAUGCCUUAUGACUAUCUGGUUGAGCAACCAGUUAAAGGCGCCCGCGCCUACUACUUCCGCCAAAUCUUCCACAACAACAACGACGAGACCUGCCACCUCAUCCUCGCCGCCCACCUCCCAGCCCUCUCUCCCUCCUCUGUCAUCCUCAUCGACGACAAGGUUCUCCCCGACGCGAAACCCGCAACGGGGAGCGUAGAGUACACGGCCGGCCUGAGCCUCGCUAUGAAGGCCAUGUUCAACGCGCUUGAGCGCCGUGAGGGCCAGUGGCGGACGCUACUGGCAGAUGCGGGGCUUGAGAUUAGGGAGAUUAGACGAUACACUGAUUUUGGGGACUCGAUUAUUGUGGCGGGGAGGAAGGCAUAGAGGGGGUGUGUAGUGCUGCAUUGGGAGGUUAGAUUUGGGAUACCAAACAGGCAUUUCAAGUGGGUGAUUUGCGUGCUUUCCGUUUUCCCGACGUAUCGUAACAACCGUCAUGCUAGCCAAAAUUGUCAUAACCCACAUGAGAACUAUCUAUCAAUUGUACGCCACGAUCUGGCACAGAUCCGCUGAAGCCACCACAGAAGAAGAUGAGAAUAGAACUGACCAGUUACCCAUGUCACCGACAACUAGAGCAUUAUAGUUGUUUUUGGUAUCCAUGAUAAGAAAAAAAAAAUCUGAACAGAGGGG